AUGACGGUCAUCACAAGGCCAGCACAAGCAAAUGGUAGCUUUUUCGGAAGCGCAGAAUGCUACCCUCCCGAUGCCAUCUUCGCUUUGACCGAAGCGUACCAUAAAGACCCUUCGCCAAACAAGGUCAACUUGGGCCAGGGGGCGUACCGAGACGAACACGGAUUGCCGCAGGUUCUGCCCUGCGUGGAAGAGGCUUUGGACGCUCUAGAUGAGAAGGGGUUAGAUCACGAGUAUCUCCCCAUUUUGGGGUUGACUGGGUUUCGUGAACGCGUUGCUGAGCUAGUCAUCGGCAAGGAUGUUUUCAAGUCCAAGAAAGACCGGGUGGCAUGCUGUCAAACGCUCUCUGGCACCGGCUCGCUUCAUCUGCUCGGCAAGCUAAUUGCUCACUGUCACUCAUCGAAGCCAAAGAUCUUGAUACCCCAGCCAACAUGGUCCAAUCAUACCCAUAUCUAUGCAUCGCUAGGUUUUGAAUGCAUUUCGUUUCAGUACUACGACCCAGUCACCAAGUCACUAGACUUCGACGCCUAUAUGACAGCGCUGAAAGAGGCAGAGCCUGGUACCGCCAUCAUUCUACAUGCCUGCGCUCACAACCCUACUGGCUGCGAUCCUUCACAGGAGCAGUGGUGCCAGAUCGGUCGAACGGUUAAAGAGCGUAGACUAUUCCCCGUCUUUGAUGCGGCAUAUCUCGGUUUCAAUUCUGGCUCCUAUGAUCGAGAUGCAUUUCCCAUAAGGCACUUUGUGAACGACCUUGAGCUAGAAGCAGCUAUAUGCAUUUCCUUUGCUAAGAACAUGGGACUCUAUGGUGAACGCGUAGGAUGCCUAGUUCUCCAUACAUCCACGCCUGAGGCGGCCACGAACUCGACAUCCGUGCUUGAGCGAAUACAACGAGGUGAAAUCUCGAAUCCACCUGCUUGCGGUGCAAAGAUCGUCGAAACUGUGCUGAGCAAUCCAGAGCUCACCGAAACAUGGUAUCAAGACAUGGCCAACAUGAGUAACCGAAUCUCGUCUAUGAGACACGCCUUGUAUAACAAUCUGCUUGACCAUGCAACCCCGGGCCUCUGGAAGCAUCUGUUUCGACAAUCAGGAAUGUUUGGCUUCCUUGGCCUGUCCCCAAACGUUGUCAAAGAGUUGCGGGAAACAUACCAUAUCUACAUGGCUGAUAACGCCCGAAUUUCUCUGGCUGGUCUUAAUGAGAGCAGUGUCGCAUAUGUGGCUGCGUCUAUUGCUGCAUGUGUUCGACGAGAGGUACAGCACUAG